AUGCAUGGCGUCGCUUACAUUGACCAUCGACUCAAACUAUCUUCAUCAUCAAGCUUGACGGAGAAUUUGGCCUCUGUUGGCGAUCUCAUCAGUUGUUCGAAAGUUUUGACUGAACAAACAGCCAUGACGUGUGCAGGUGACAAGACAGUAGAGGCCCGCAAGGGCCGCAAAAAAAAGUCUCGCUUUGGUCGACAAGAGGCUUCAGCUCCACAAUUAGGAGAAGUAGAAACCAAGCCUUGUAUGAAAACGGGCAGCAGCAAUCAACCCAACACCGCACUCAGGCCUGGCAGAAUGGACGAGGGUGCUUUCUCAUACCUGCUGACUAUGGCUCCGGAGGAACGGGGGGCCAUCUACCUCGAUCGCUUAGGACAAUGUAGAAAUGAUGUAAUUGAUUUGAAGAAGGCUGUAGCUCAACCGGAUAGCAAACAUAUGCAAUCGAUAAAUUUAUUGGUGGGUAAACUUGUAUAUCGUUCUUUGCCAAUAUUUCGCUUAAUAAAGAAAUAA